AUGGAGCACGAUAGCAAGACCCCGCAAUACAAAACUAGCGAUCCUACCUCAUUCGCUCAUGAGUCUGUUAAGAAGCGAUGGCCUGUCAUUCUGACUCAAGGAAUUGACGAUGUUUACCGCGCCGUUACCAAGACUUCUGAUCCCGAGAAGCUAGCUGAGGGCAAGAAGAUCAUAGAGAAGCUGGCAGGUCUCAAGUACGAAGUCGAACACGAUCGCAAGCUCACACCCAUCCCUGAUGAUGGCUUCACCGAGGAGAUUGCGACCUACAACAAGGAGGUCGAGGCUCUCGGUCCCGAUGCUCACUGGUACGAUGUACCUUGGCUCUUUUCCGAGUGCUAUCUGUACCGACGUAUAAGUUCCAUGUUCCGCAUGAGCGAGCACUGGAAGAAUUACGAUAUUUUCGCCCGACAGAAGAUGGAUACUUUCCGAUCAUCACGACCUGCCGUCCUCGAGCUCGCCAGCAACUACAGACAAUUAGUCGAGCAAAUCCGCGCCGAUAAAGACUCAACCCACGACCCCGAAGCCGAGAAGACUCUCUUCCAAGAGAUGUUUGAGAUUUGCCUGUGGGGUAACGCGACCGACUUGUCGCUACUCACCAACUUGACCUAUGAGGAUAUCCAGAAGCUGCAAGGUUCCUCAGCUCGUAAGGCGGCCGAGAAGAACAUUCUUUGCAACGAUCUGCCCAAGGCCUACGAGAUCCUCAAGAAGGCCCAGAAUGAGGGCAAGAAGGAGCGCCGUGUUGAUAUCGUUCUCGACAAUGCUGGUUUCGAACUCUAUGUUGACAUGAUCCUGGCUGGUUACCUUCUCUCGGCUGGUUUUGCUACUCAGGUUGUUUUGCGACCCAAGUCCAUCCCCUGGUUCGUCUCCGAUGUCGUGCCAAGCGAUUUCAGCGGUCUCCUAAAUGCCGUUGCCAACCCUCGCGCACUAUACGACACACCAUCAGAGGAUGAGGAUCUCCAAGGAAAGAAGCCUGAGCCUCUAUCCGAAGAGGGAGAGAAGGACCUCAAAUUUCUCUUCCAGGAGUGGGCCACAUUCCAUGCUGAAGGACAACUUAUUCUCCGACCUAACCGUUACUGGACCUAUGGCGGAAGCUUCUGGCGAUUACCUUCCGAGAACCCCGAGUUGCACGAGGAGCUUAAGCCUGCCGAGCUUGUCAUCUUUAAGGGAGAUCUGAACUACCGCAAGCUCACAGCUGAUGCCUUGGGUCCCCUGGGUCCCUCUUCAGGUGUCAAUGUUCUGUCUCUUCGAACCUGCAAAGCUGAUGUUGUUGUUGGCCUUCCUGAGGGUAAAGAUGAGGAGUUGAAGCAAACUGAGGGUGGCGGUGGUGAUUCUGGUGCUAGAAAAUGGGCAUGGAAUGGAAAAUGGGCUGUCAUUAACCUUUCUCAAGGCCACUAA